UGUUGUAAGAUUCAAUCUACAAGAGGCAACUGUUGCUAAGGGUCCCAUUACCUGAGUAACCGGUGAUUGUUUACAUUGGUCUAGUGGGUUUGCUUACUUGCAGUGUGACAGUCUAUGGCUGAUUUCGGUGGGCUAAACUGCUGACAGACCAUGUGAUUUCACCUCUGUCAAGUCUGUCCUUCAGUCUGUGGGUUUGCUGUUUGUUGGGGCCUUACUGUCGGACUACAAGGUUGAGCGCACAUGCCAGAAGACGAAUAGGCUGAGUAGGUUUCCAUGGAGUCUGGCUGUCCAUGUGUGUGACACUGGAGUUGCAGUGUCCCUGCGCACCAAAAAAGGGUCUACUUGUCCUCAUUUCUAGCCAUCACCAACGAUCUGCAAGAACACGAGGUCAUGUCAUCUGAGUGCUGGGUGGAGCCCUGCAGUGAGGGCCAGGCAGGGGGGACCGGACUGGAGAAGCAACAAGGGGAAGAAGCGCAGAAGGAGGAAGUGGAGGUUCCCUGCGGGGACAACCAGCCCGCAGGAAGCCUGAGGCAGGAGAAGCCAGGAGGAGAACGACUUACGUCACGUGACCAUAGUGCCAUACAGGAAGUGACAUCAGAAGGUGGAUUGGAGAAGGUCCAGAGGGAGGAGACGCAGACUCAGGAAAAGGGAGAAAGGUCUUCACACAUGACUGUCAACCACGAAAGCCAGGAUAGAGGGUCAGUAUCAGGUGCGUGCCUGGUGAAGCGAUACCUUCGAAAGAGGUCCCUCCCCAGGGGCUUGGCGACCUGCUCCUACCCAGAAAGGGGCAGGGAGCAGCAGGUAGAGGAGCCUCGGGGGCCUGGGCCUUUCUACUUCUUUGGAGGAGCCAAUGGGGCUGAAAUAGUGACCAGUUACUGUGAGAGCAGGGGAUGGAAGAGGAUUUACAACAAGCACAGGGAGGAUUUCAAACUCAAGUGGUGUGAGACCAAAUCACCAGCCAACUACUGUAACUUCAGAAAAGGUGAACAGCUGGUUUACCAGAUUCCCAACAACAAGGUGCUCACCACAAAGAUCGGCCUCCUCAGCAGUCUGCGGGAGUAUGAGCGAGUCAGCAGCAAAGUCAGCCACGGUCGAGGACUGAGGGGGCUGAAAAUGGAAGAGUUCAUUCCCACUACCUUCCGCAUGGAUGUGAGGGAAGAGCGAGAGGCUUUCUUUGCCCAGCAGGAGGGUGUGACCAACAAUGAGAGUCAUAUGUGGAUCUGUAAACCCACGGGUAUGAACCAGGGCAGAGGGAUCUUUCUGCUGAAGAGCCAGGAGGAUGUAGCCGCCUUAAGACUGAAGCUGCAGCACAUGGAGGACAGCAAGGCCAACAGGAAGAUGCACCACUGCCAGCCUCAGGCUCGCAUUGUCCAAUAUUACAUUCAGAGGCCGCUGCUCCUGAAAGGGAAAAAGUUUGAUGUGCGCUCUUACCUUCUGAUUGCCUGCACUGCACCUUACAUGGUCUUCUUUCGCCAUGGAUAUGUGCGACUGAGCUGCGACCUCUACGACCCCUGCUCCAACAACCUCUCUGCCCACCUGACCAAUCAGUACAUGCAGAAGAAGAACCCUCUGUACAGCCAGCUAAAGGAGGACACGGUGUGGUCCAUGGAGAGCUUCAACACCUACGUCAACGACAGGUUUCGAGUUGCCAAGGGUCUGCCCAGGGACUGGGUGCUGGGCGCCUUUGCAAAGCGCAUGCAGCAGAUCAUGACGCAAUGUUUCUUUGCAGUCAAAUCCAAGUUGGACUGCCGACUGGGCUUCUUUGACUUGAUUGGCUGCGACUUCAUGGUUGAUGAGGACUUCAAGGUGUGGCUGCUGGAGAUGAACUGUAAUCCAGCUCUCCAUACAAACUGUGAAGUGCUGAAGGAGGUGAUACCCAGCACUGUUGUGGAGACACUGGAUUUAACUCUUGAGAUCUUCAACAAGUGUCGUCUCAGGCAGAGGAUUCUUCCUUUGGCCAGUCAGAGGGAGUUUGUGCUGCUGUACAACCGAGUUUUUCCUCCUGAUUCAGUGCUGGCCUGCAGCAAGAGCAACACAAGCAGUGAAUUCAGCCAGAAAAGCACCAAAAAGACUGAACCCAGAAGAUGUAAGUCAGGAACCGUGGGCAAAACUGUGCCCUCAGCAUCCCCUGAUAAUUCUGUGAAUUUCUCAGCGAGCAGUGAAGGAAGGGGUAGUUCAACAUCUGGCCACAAUUCCACUGCCACCUCAACUCAUCAUCAAAGCUCUCCGUCAGUGCAGGGACCUUCACAUUUACACAGCAGCAGCAUACAAACUGUUAAGAACCGCAGGCCUCGAGUCGAGCUCAAGCCGAGCAAAUGCACUUUGCAUCAUCAUUUGAAGGCUGCAGAUGACACGAAGCACUCUAAGACUCAGCAGAAGACGAGGAUCAUCAUGUCGCUGUCACCACCGGUGGUGAGGGAAGGGAUCUCCGUCUUUGGCUCUCCAGAGACAGCGACACCAUUCCCUCCUCAAGCUGGACCACCUGUGUGUGGGAACAAAUGUGAAAGAGGAGGGGAACCUGGUGAAGAAGCGCUCAGAGAGGACACAAAGAGUUUAGUUUAUGAGACGAAAGAGAAACUGUGAGGCAUUAUAUGCAAACAGCUGGGUUCUAAAGAGCUUCGUCUAAAAAAAGAAGAUCUACACUUUGGACAUCUGGUGAUGUUUCACUCUCGGAGAAAUUCAUAAAAUGCUAAUAAAUGUUUAAUGUUACAAUAAAGAAUCUUUUUAUUACUUGAA